AAGGCUUUGCUCAGCCUUCAACUGAAGAAGUUGUCAAAGAUUCGCUUCCGGAACCAGCGGAAGAAAGUCAGAAAUUCGAGCCGAAAGGAUUAGAUCUUCUUGUGAGAGGAGUUGUGCCCUGUACCUCAAAGAUCUAGUUUGGUGAAAUGUUUAAAAGACUGCAACCAAAUUGGCAAUUGUGAAUUGAGUUCACCAAGUGGAUGGACAACAAGAUGAUGUCACACUGGACAACAAUCAAUGGGCAUUCUCACAAGUCAGAGACCAAACACAGAGACUGGGUGGCCUCAUGAGUUAAAGACUUAAUGCAGAAAUCAGUCGGACUCAGAACCAUUGUGGUUAGUGAUUGAACGUUCUAAGAUUUCCUUCUGUUACAACAUUUCAUAAGGAGGAGAUUGUUGCAGUUGUUACAGUCUUUAACCCUUUGGGUGAUUGCAGCAUUAUGUCAAAACAGAUGGAGUUGAUCAACUUGUCGUUCCUGUCUGAUAAAGAGAAGGAAGUAAUCAUGAGAGUUCUCAUCCGUGAUGAGCAGUUGCGAACACUGGAAGAAAAGCGAAUAAGGAAGUUGAAGACUGAGCUGCUGGAAAUUCGGCGUAAGGGAGCCAAGCGUGGCAGUCUGGACUACAGUGAUAAGACUUGUGCACGCUGUCAGAACAGCCUUGGUCGCUUUGUCAAGAGCGGGCGUGUGUGCAAGCAGUGUAACCACUUGGUGUGUAAGGAAUGUGGUGCUGAAGAUGUAAACAGAAUAUGGAGAUGCAAUGUGUGCAUCAAAGAGUCAAAGCUGAAGAAACAGACUGGAGAUUGGUUUUUUGAAUACCGAGCAAGAAGGCACAGCAUUGAUUUUGGUAGUGAUAUAAUCAGAGCAUCACUAAAGAGGAAACAUGGGAUAAAUAAGCGAGAGACAGCAGGACAGGCAUUGCUACAAAAGGCACUGGCCGCUGAGGGAAAGGCAAAUACUGAGGCAAAGUCACAGCAGAAGAUUUCUGAAGAUGGAGGCAAGGUUUCUGGCAACCAAUCUGAAACCCGAGAGGCUUCUGAUCAGCCAAGUGAUACAGAGUCCAUUGGACGUGUGAGUGUCAGCAGCCAAAAGAACAGCCUUCAACAGCGCAACACACCCAACAAUUCCAGGCGGAGUUCCUUAACUGAAAGUAGUCCUGGUAAUAUAAAUGGCCUUCCCGCUUCCAGACCCAUUGUCACGAGCAGCAUGACCCUUCCAGCUACAUCAACUUCACUUGCCAUCAGCAAAACCAACAUUCGGUCUGACUCAGACAACGAAACUCACACAAAAAAAGACAGCAAAGUUUCAAUGGAUGAAGAUAGUUCAGAAAAUAUGUUUAAAAAGAAUGUAAAACCAAUUCUAAAGCCCACAGAUUAUAGUAAAUCAGUGAUGGAUCUUCGCGUAUCAGAUUCCGCAAACAAGGAGGAAUCCAUGGGAGACCGCAGUCGGUCGGUUCCAGGUCUCAAUGUAGAACAGGAUGAGGAGGAAGAGGACAUUGAUAAAUUGGUGAAAAUCCACCGUUUGACAAAUCCUCGCCACAGUCUCAAGAGUGGAAGUUCUGUGAGUACUAUAGGCAGCAUGGCCAGCAUCUACAGUGAAGCAGGUGAUUUUGGCAAUGUUACUGUCACUGGGGAGAUCAUCUUCUUCCUCCGCUAUGACCAAAAGAAACAAGCACUUAACAUUCAUGUGAAGGAAUGUCGCAACCUGGCUUAUGGGGAUGAGAACAAGAGGAGGUCAAACCCCUAUGUGAAGUCUUAUCUGUUACCAGAUAAAUCACGACAAAGUAAACGCAAGACUACAAUUAAACGUAACACAACCAACCCUAUCUACAAUGAAAUCAUACGGUAUGACAUCAGUGAAUCACAGUUAAUUAUGAGGACAUUGCAACUUUCUGUGUGGCACUAUGACCGCUUUGGGCGCAAUACUUUCCUGGGAGAGGUGGACCUGUCACUGGACACUUGGAAACUCAAUAGUGAGUCAGAGGAGUGCCUCCCUCUUCAUGGCAAGGCAAAUGAAGAAGCUGGGUACAUCCCCCCUUACAAAGGGGAGUUGGUAAUUUCAAUAAAAUACAUUCCAAGUACCAAAACUGCUCCUGCAGACAAGAGCAAGGGGAAGAAAGGCACAAGGUCAGUAGAGGGUGGAGAGCUGCAGGUGUGGAUUAAAGAGGCCAAGAACCUUGCACCAAUGAAAGUAGGAGGAACUUCAGACACUUUUGUCAAAGGGUACCUUCUACCGUUCAGGACCAAAACAUCCAAGCGGAAAACUCCCGUGGUGAAGAAGACGUUGAACCCUCACUACAACCACACCUUUAUGUACAAUGGCAUAAAAUUCGAGGAUCUGCAGCACGUUUGUCUGGAAUUGACUAUCUGGGACAGAGAGCCCCUGUCAUCCAAUGACUUUCUCGGAGGAGUCCGUCUUGGAGUUGGAAAUGGAAUGAGCAAUGGGCAGCAAGUCGAGUGGAUGGAUUCAGCCGGAGAGGAGAUCAACAUUUGGAGAAGGAUGACCCAGUAUCCUGGCUCCUGGGUUGAAGGAACCUUGCUACUUCGUCCAGAUAUGACAGGACAUAUAUAAUCAAUGGAUUUGGGACAAUCACCUCAUUAGUAUAUUGUGAAGGUGAUUACUGUAAUGCAAACACCAAACUGUUCAAAUGCUCUAGCACGUUAAUGUUUUAUUCCUAAAGCAACGAAUCCAUACAAGCUUUUCUACCAAAAUUCUCUCUCAGAAAUCAAAUCAAUUUGGUGAAGAACAGAUAUAACUAGCUCCAGGAAUUCAUAAAAACAAAAAUGGCAAUGUGGCAGAUGGAGGAGGUUUGACCAUUGUCACGAAAGAGGAAAUGGAGAAAAUUGGUGCAAGGGCAUGUUUAAAGAAACUCUUCAUUCUACUCUCUUCCUUUUUCUUCCACCGCCCCAGUGAACAAGAAAAGCAACAAAAGAUAAUUCAGUCAUUAAAAGGUUUCAGGCACUAUUCUUAAUUUCAUCUUUACGCAUGGAUCUUGUAUUUUGAUAAUAAGUUCUUUGCUAUUCAUAACACCAAAGAUGUAUUUUUCUGUUUUUGCUUCUUGCAGUGUGAACUUGUAGUCAGAAUAUUUAUUUUCAAGAUCAAAUGCUCACUCAUUUAUUAGAAAAUUGAACACUAUCACCAACCUAUUACUGGUAGAAUUUUAGCCUGUAGUAAAACACAGGCUGCAAAUUCCCUCAAUACCAUUCCUCUUUCCGGACUAGAAAGCUUUCCCUAAAUCCAUAACAUGCCCAUGUGGGUACUAAACUCAACAUUGCUGCUACAGGCAAACACCAGAAAAUAAGGCUCACUUUGUUUCUCUUAGGGCAGUCUGUAAGACGGAGAACAUAGAAGGAAGUCAAAUGAAGGCAGUUAUUUUAUUAUCUUGUGACUUCAGUCCUUGAGCUUCUUCCAUCUUUUCCAGGUGUUACCAUCACUGCUGUAUUUCCCUUUGCCCAAGAGCCAAGCCCACAUUCUAUUCCCAAACCUUGUAUAAGACAGGAUACAUAGGAAUGGUCUGGUGCAAUGGUUUAUUUUAUUUAGUAUUUUCCAUAAUUGCAGCCAUCAUCUCCCUUAUGCAUUUUCAUUGACAUUUUCUCAGGGCUAGGGAGAAAUGUGCAAGCAAGCAAGCAGAGCCAACAGCUUCCAUCACAUUCAAUAAAUGGUCAUGAGGGAGACCAUAGAGCUCAGGCAAUCUGCCAACACAUUCGAGAAGAUGCUGCCAGUCUCCAGCAAUGGCCUGUACUCACCAUCCUGGCUUGGAUAGAGCCCCGACCCCAGCACUGAAUGGUCUCCUCACUUGCCGAACUCUCACCCACAGAGGCAGCCUCUCCACAUCAAGAUGUGGGACAAUUCAUUGCUGGGGGAGUGUCAGUGGAGGGCCCACAGCCCGAGCAGAUGCAAUUUUUUUUUAACAGUAUCUGUUGAGUGUACAGCCUGAAGGAGCAAGAGUGCUAUAAUGAAUCAGUGGUCUACAGCACUGCGCUAAAUGUGGUGCUCGCUCUUGGCAUAGUUCAGUCAGAAGAAUGUGAUCUGUAUCAGCCUUUGUUAAUUUGACUAUUGCUAGACUAACACUGAAUCAGAAUCAGAUUUAUUAUCACCGACUUACUUAUGACGUGAAAUUUGUUGUUUUGCAGCAGCAGUACAGUGCAAAGACAAAAUUUCUAGAAAUUGUACUUUAAUUACUUUUGUAAUUUAUAGUGAUUGUGUCUUUGCACUGUACUGAUGCCGCAAAACAAACUUCACGUCAUAUGUCAGAUAUAAUAAAUCUGAUUCUGUGUUAGUCUAUCAAUAGUUGAUUAGCAAAGGCUGAUACAGAUCACAUUCUUCUGACUGAACAUGCCAAGAGCUCCAAGCUGGAGAAUUUAAAUAUGCAUCAAGAAUUUCAAAAACCAUUGGGUAGAAAUUAAUCUUUGACCACUUUUACUAAAGUUCACAUUAUAGUACUGUAUGCACGUUGAAUUCCAUUUCUAAUUUAAGAAAUGUAUAUCAUUAAGGCUAAGACUAGCCAACUCCAUUUUGGAUCUCUAGUCACAUUGACCCUCAAAUACAUUUGAAUAUAUUUUUCAAAAUUCUGAAAAUAAUUGCAAGUUUUGAAAAGUGGUAAAAUCAGAAACGAAGGACCAGAUUAACAAUCCUUUGGUGAGGAAGGGAUGCUGGAAUUGUUCAUACAAGCUUUCUUUCCAAAAAGACGUGCAAAACAUUCAAAUGAUUUGUAUUCUUUGGACAAAUUAAACCUGCUAAAUUAGUCAUUUUUUCAAAAUAUGCAGAGUAUGAAUGAAAGGCACUGUUUACAAAAUGGAAGUAUGUAAAAACCUCAAACCUAUGACAAUGGGACUUUUUUUUCCCCAUGUACUUAACUCAGAUAAAAUAUAUUGAUUUAAUAAAUAUUUACAUUACCUGUGAUUAACUUCAGUUUUUUAUUAAUCAGUUCUGUUCUUUGACCUGAAAUGGUAAUUGUUUCUCUUCCUACAGAAGAAGCCUGACCUACUGAGUAUUUCCAGCACUUUGUUUUUAUAUUACAUAUAAUAUAAAGGGUUAUAUUCCAUUCAUAUUUGUA